AUGGGCAAUACUUGCAGUUCAUGUGAAUCCACUUCAGUGGUCACAGCUAAGCUGAUCUUCGAAGAUGGCAAACUCGAAGAAUUUUCGCACUCAAUUAGGGUUUCGCAGAUCCUACAAAGAAACACUAGGUGUUUUGUAUGCAAAGCAGACGAUAUGGAAUUUGAUGAAUAUGUUUCAGCCAUCAAUGAAAAUGAAACUCUUCAGUUAGGUCAUCUUUACUUUGCGUUGCCAUCAAGCUGGUUAAACAAUCCUCUUAGCACUGAACAGAUGGCUGCCUUGGCAGUGAAGGCAAGUUUAGCUCUAAAGAUGGGUACUAGGGAUGGAGAUUGCUUUUGGUGUGGGAUAAAGAAGGUGGAUCCUGUGAUCGAGUGGACUAGCAAGAGCACUGGUGAUGAGACCAGUCCGAUGGUGGCGAUAGGCGGGCAACUUGAUGGUGGAGGAUUUGUUGUAACGAGAAGAGGGACGAGUGGUGGCAAAGAAAAGAAAUCAACUACAAGAUUGACUUCAAAAUUGACUGCUAUCUUGGAGGAGUAA